AUGCGAUACGCGAGCAAGGCCGCCGAGAGCGCGUCCGCACGUCUCUGUGCGGACGCCGAAGCAGAAACCACAGCAACUGAUGUCUCAUCGGUUGCUGAAGCGACCCAGCCUGUGUCACUUGGUGAUGCAGGCGCUGGUCAUGAAGACACUCAUGUCUUCACAGAGUACGAGCUCGGUGUCUCGUACUCUCCUGAUACGGAAGACGGAUCCGUAUCAACGGCGAUUGAAUUCAAGCCGCCUGCCAAGCGUGGCAUGGACGAUGCUUUGUGUCGCAGCAUCUUUGGUUCAUCUGAUAAAUCAGAUGAACCAUCGCCGAAGCGAAGGCGCUCGAGAUCGCGAGACUCGGGCGCUAACAGUGGUGUCGGUUCUCCUAUGGACACCAAUUCGCAACGAGGUGCCAGUACUUCUGUCGGCACGUCGCAGGAAGAGCGGGACCGCAAUGUCUUGCGUCUCGCUCCUGAGAAGCAGGCAUGCCUCCAAAAUCUGAUCCAUCACCUUGACCAUAGCGCGAAAAACUAUCGCGCUGAGAAUGAAUUCUUCAUCGAUGCUUUCUUUAGACAUCGAUGGUACAGUGGGAAUCACAAGCGUGAUGGUCCCUCACUGCUUCAGGCGUGGAACGCUUACAUCCAUAACCUUGAGGAUGUAGGUCGUGACGCUUGGAAUGACAAACUUAUCAAAGCUCGUGAUAAGUUCGAAAAGCGAACCCCGACAGGUGCACGCUUCAAGCUGCAUCGUCUGUCAAGGGAGAAGGGAUUACCCUGUCUCUCCUGGGGAGACUCGUGUCCGUGUUGUGUGAACAACUCUGCACGAGCACCUAAGGAGGCUUACCUCCCUAAUAGCCCAUGGUGGCGCGUACGUAUCUCUAUUGAGAUGUACGAAGGGAUUGACAAUCUGAAAUUCCUUUACGACCGUGCCGGGAAGACUUUCUCCGGCGGUCCUUCUGCGGCACAGGAUGUGCCGCGUCGUACUGCUCAACCAGACCCAGUACGUCAACCAUCAGUUGGGAGCGGGGCUCCCAAGUAUCCCAGGACGGGGGAUAGCCGCGCCACCGGACGAGAUAACUCGUCCGACGUCCGUUCACGUCGCGGUGGUUCAACAGCUGCUCAACUAGAUAGCGCUGGCCACCGCGAGAGUUCUCUAAUGGAGGUGGAGGAGGAGGAAAGACGCUCUCCACACGAUCAUGUGGAUCGGUGUGUUCCCGAGAGCUUCUUUGAUCGCGUAACGCAAGGGUUACGCGACGAUCUCGAACAUAAGCGGAAUAGGCGUCUCUAA